AUGACUUUCCCCGGACAGAACAAUCCCUGUUUCGGGUGUGUGCCCUCGGUUCAUCCGUUCCUCAGCAUUGCGGAGAAACUCUUUUACCUGAACUCUCUGAAUUCUUUACGGCCUGCUUUCGAACGUCGUCCCUCCCGAGAUCCCCUGGCAAUAAUUGAGAAUUUAGCCCGACGCCGCCGGAGUUGCGCGCCUACGAGCUCGAGCAAUUCUCUCCCCGCGGAACCGAAACGCUGCUGGAAGGGGACCGUCGGACGAAAGAGCCAGAUAGGGCCGUCAGCGAUUUCUCGCAAGGUUUUCGUCGGCGGUCUGUGCCGAGACACGGACUCUGAUUGCCUCAGGAGGGCCUUCAAGGAAUUCCAGUUGGAGAAUGUCGAAUGGUGCGACAAGUCCGAGCGAAAAUUCGCCUAUAUGGUCUUCAAAAGUCAAGAAAGUAUUCGCGAGCUCCUGAGACACUGUCAGAAACGGGAUCACAAUCGAUUUUAUUACAAUAUCAAUACAACGCGACCGAACCGCGACCGCUGGGUACAACUCAUACCUUGGAUCAUCAGCGAUGCUGAUUUCAUAAAAUGUCCUACCGAUUUCCCGACCACGGUGUCCAGCAGACAGAGGCCACAGGUCACCGACAACACCGUUUUCGUCGGUGCACUCCAUGGAGAAAUGACGGCUCACGAUCUCUUCGUCAUCAUGCAAGAACUCUUUGGACCGGUCAUCUCUGUAGGUCUCGAUACGGACAAAUUCAUGUACCCGGUAGGCACCGCGAAGGUUACAUUCGAAACUAAGGCAUCACACGACAGAGCCAUUGAUGCCGAGUACAUCUCGGUCGUGAGCGAUAGGUUCACCAAGAAACUUCAAAUCGAUCCGUUCCUCACGGAUGUCAAUUGCUCGAGGUGCUCGAAGAACGCAGGACCAGUAUUUUGCCGGUACCCAAACUGUUUCACGUACUUUUGCGGGGAAUGCUUCUUCGACCAUAUCGAAGCGGGAGGCGGCUACAGAACAGAACCGGUCGAGUUCCACGUCCCAUUGAUGAGGAACAGGAUAAGGAAACAAGGAUCAUUCCAGAGCUUCGAAACGUCGAGGAAGCAUUGAUCAAUGUCUACAGGAAUGACAUUCUUGUCGCGGCAGCAUGUUUGAGGAAUUAUUUAUUUGUGCUUGAAAAUAUUCGCUCGGUCGUUUGUUUGUGUCGCCGAGAGCAGAGUAUAGAUAUCACCGUGCCAAGUUCGGCCAAUACUCAAACAACUUAGAAAGUUGAGUCUGCGAACCGACGGCCCAUCUCUUAUCGGA